UCCCGUAUCGUGACAACGGGUUCGAAGUCGAGGCCAACGAACCAGGAGCGCGAACUCCGCGAGGCGCAUUGCCAAAGCAGGACGGAGUGUCAAGCUACGCAACAGCCAUGCCUCCACGACCGCAACGGCUUGUGCGGCGCCGGCCGCUUACCGAGAGGAUUCGCGCCAUGCUCAACCCGAUGGACUUCUAUCUCUGGCUAUCCGAGGAGAUACAAACCUUCGACUGGGACUCGAAAACGUUUGGGACUCGGUUUGGGCUUGCGGCCAACUUCGUUUUCCUUUUGGCGCGAGCCAACUCCGGCAGGACGCGCGAUGCUGUGGAUGACGUGUUUGGAGAUGAACCGGCUAAUGGUUGGGUCACCCUCGGGGCCAACUUUUUCCAAUGGUUGCUGAUCUCCAUAUCCGCGCUGAACGCAUUCUACGCAAUGACGCGAUCACGUCACUACCGGUUUUUUGAGAUGAAUGUCGAGGCCUCAGGGCCGGGAACGCCAUCGGCACAGCGCGUGCGUGUUGACUCGUCGCCGGCUUCGUCGACCCCCCUGCGGCUUGUCCAGGAGGUUCUGCGACCCGAGACUGCCGAGCAGCGAGCACAUCCGGACAGGACGCGCGACGUGUGGGAGGUGAAGGUGUGGGAUCCCUACCCGGCGACGCUGCGCAUGUUCUGCCUCUUCAGCCCAGGCCACGUGCUCAUCCACAUGCUCUUCCUGCCGCUCCCGACUCUGGAUCCGCGGCCGAGUGUCACCGUAUUUAAAUGCGUCCUACUGCAGGUCAUUCUCUCGGCACAACUGCUACUCAUGCACUCCCGUUUCUCGCAGCAGAGCAGGGACACGGCGGUUAUUCACAAGGAGGUCAUGCACGAGUACGAUGUGAAAUACGUCCACCCUCGGCUGCAUCCGGUGAUGCGUGAAGUUGCGACGCAGGUGUCAAUCAGCGACGGAAAGAUUGAUCAGGAGGAAGUGACGGUUGGGACGCCGGCGACCGUGAUUCGGCGAGCUUUCCAGACGCACCCGAACCCCAACUACGCUAAAUACGUGGAUCCCGACGCUGGGCACAACAGGGCUGCCAUGUCCCCACAACCGCGGCCCGCAAUGUCGCCGAGUCCAUUCACGUCCCUGUCGAAGCCCAACUCGUCAGGGUCGCGGUCGUUUGCUGCUCAGGUACAGCAGCACCGACAGUCAGCGCUGCGACGGAAUUUCACGCCGACGGCAUCAGCAGGCGCCGGAGGGGACCCGGUCACCCCCUCGGCCGCCACCAAACAACCCACUUCCUCCGCGGGGACGAGCACCGGCACAGAUUUCAAGCUUCCGCCAAACUCGGGCUUUGGCGGCAGCCUCGGCGUGUACACGCACAUGAACUCGCCCCUGAAGAAGGCGACAAGCCUAGGCGACAUAAACGGCGCCUAUGCAUCCCCGCGCAACGGGCGCGAGAUGGCGGCGCUGGAGCAGCGCGAGAUCGCCGAGCGCAUGAUACGCGAGAGCAGUCCGCUCAAGGAGAACCGGCGGGAUUCGAGCAGCUUCGCCCAUUCGCCCGAGAAACUAGCGCGGGCGAGGGCGAAUCGGUGGACACAGGAGAGAUUCCCCACGAGAUACGUGUAGCAGAGAGUUUCCAGGGAAGCUGGGAGAUGGGUGGGGGGGAAGGCGGCAAAGAGGGCUGAUAAGCCUAUGCUUCGCCCGUAUCAUCAGGGA